UUUGAAUAUAACAACGCCAGACUUUUGAACCGAUUGAUUCGCACAAAAAACACAAUAACGCUGUCUUAAUAACUUUCAAGUAUCGAUGGCUCGCCUUAACCGAGAAGAUCGAAAUUUUACAGGAUCGCUGCCAGAUUUAAAAGCCUCUGUUAAGGCUACCGAACACCAAACGAAAGUGAUCGACAGAAAAAUAUUUAUUGUUGAAACACAUUUUCCCAAGGUGGCAGCGAUGCUUCAACGCUACGCAGUAGGAACAGCCAAAUUACGAAACAAGGGCGACGAGCUGGCCAAAACAAUAGCGGCCUAUGCGGAAGAAGAAUCUCCUUCAUUGAAGCAAGCCCUUACAACUAUGUCUGAAUGUUUGUCCGCCAUUCAGGAUCAACGAGACGCAGAGGUUAGUAAAAUAGAAGAGAAACUCGUUCAAGGACUCAGCGUGUACGACACGAAAUGCAAACAGGCUAGGAACGACGUGAGGGUUAGUUCGUCUCUGUCUACAAGGGAGGUGAAGUCAUUCGAGAACCUCGAAAAAGCGCAGAUGAAAUCCACUGAUCGAACGCGGAUCGCCAGGGCUCAGGCUGAAUUUCAGAAGGCGUCUGGCGAAGCGAACCGAUCACUGAGGGUUUUACGCGAGCAGAUGAACGAGUUCGAAAGUCAAAAAAUGCGGGACGUGAAGCAGAUUUUCUCGGGGUUUGUGGUGUGCGAGAUGGAGCUGUUAGCCCGGUCAAUGGAGCUGUAUACCCGCGCGUAUCAAGGUUUGAUGAAUAUUAUCGAAGAGGAAGAUUUAGAGGAGUUUAACAAAUCCAUGACUUUAAAGCCAACCCAGUGGGGUUCAGCACCAGCUCUGUCUAAUGCCGGAAGAUAUGUAAAUCCAGGAAAUGGUAGAGAAAAUGUUUUGGAAGAAGUUGAGGACGAAAGCGACGAACUCAAUCGUACAAUGUAAACACUGAGAUUCAACGGUUCGAAGAAAAUUUCCAUUUAACUGCGCAUAAAUUAACCUUAAAGAUAUGACUUCAAAAGAUACACGUUGCCAUAUGAAGAAAAAAAUAUAAUUCAUGAUCAUAGGUUUUACUCAGAAAAAGGAGAGUACACUUAUUCUUUGGUUGAAACUUUUGGAUUAUAUUGAAUAGAACGAUGCUAUGCUGUAAAAUUAUUUACACCUCGAAAAAAGGAAAAUGAUACGCUAAAAGAAAAGUUAAUAUAAACGACCGAAUUAUUUAUACAAGGAGCAACUAUUGGAAAAAGAAAAGAAAAGUUUGCUUUACGCAAUCGUGAAGAAACAACGAAAGUUUCUAGAAGAAAUAUUUAUUUGUUGUAAGUAUCAUUAUGGAAUCUUUCAAAGACAAAGAACAGGAGAUAACGAUAUGGAGGAGUUAUAACCA